UCGUUACUAAACAUGCUAAACCUGAUUGGUGUGAAUCGCUUUAUUCACCAACCAAAGGAUAACAAUAUCAUUAGCAUCUGAAGUGCGAAGUAAACGACGUUAUACCUGCAGCGAUAUAUAAAGGAGUGGUAAAAUAAUUUUUUUCGGAUAUCCCACUUUUUAAUUCGUAACUUGAUGCUGAUUCAGGGACACCAUUAUAAAAGCAAAAAACAUCAGUGAAUAAUUUUAAAGUGGAGCAUUAAAUCUAUAAUCAAGAAUGGGGGAACCAGCGAGAACCUACAUCUACCAUUCGGCUAUGCUGCUGUUCUCUUUCAUGGGCGCAUGCCUCAACUUUGGCUCGAUGUGCGCCAUGUUGCUUAACAGGGAAUUAAGAAAGGGCCGUCAUGUCUUCAUUUUCAACUUGGCUCUAGCGGAUUGUGCUUCGGCUGUCGCAAUAUUUGUCGUCAACUUUUAUGACUUUCCAGAGAUUCCAUUUGAAAUAGAAAACGUCUCCUUCUCAUGGAUGGUAUCUCUGUUUACUCUAAGUUUGGUCAUAUCAUUACUUAGCACGCUCGCCAUUGCCGUCGAACGCCUCCUCAUCCUUCGCGUUGACAACUACUCAAAUCGUCGUUCCUGCACAGCAAGGCUCUCCGUUACUAUCUGCGUAAUCGGCUGGAUAGUUUUCCCAUUACUAUAUUUUCUGCUUCAUGGAUUCGACAGGAUCGCGUCACUCACGCUCCUCUAUUGUGUAUCUCCUAGUGUCAUCCUGGGAUGCAUAAUCUUCACGGCUCUAUCCUACAUCCUCAUCUACAAGCGAAUCGUCACGAUCUCGGACAACGUCAGACCCGAAGAGGCAGCCCUAGUGCGCCGCGCAAAGAGCAGCAAGUACGUCAUCGUGACCUUCGCUCUGGUUGUCGCAAGCACGACAGCUUGUUGGGUCAUCAUGUGCUGCGUGAUGUUGGUAGAGUACGCCACAUACUUCCAAGGCACCUUAGAUCCGGACACUUUGGAAGUUCUUUGGUUCCGGGUCUUAUCCGAUGUUGGCAAUGUUCUGGUGUGUAUCAAUGGCAUUCUCAACCCAACCAUUAUUUGGUUGCGUCUGCCUGUGUUCAGAAGACAGCUCUCCGCUUGCUGUAAUAGACUCAGGUGUCGAAACGUGGAUGAAUCACAGGACCCAGCCCUCGUAUCAUCAGAAUCUCCGACCGCUGUCAUGCAGCCCUCGAUCUCGUUCAUGAGCUCUGAUAUGCCGGAAAUGACAUCAGCUUCUGUUCUAAAGGCGUAAAUUAUAAUUUGUAGAUUUUCAUAACACAAGUCAGAUCAAGUAGGUUGAAGCGGAAAUAGAAGUACCUGCAGAUCCAAAUCGAUAUUGCGAGGGGUCUUCAUUGUUCAUUCCAGGUUGUCUUUAUCCUCGUUUA